GAAGCUCGUGCAGAGUUGAAUGUUCUCGUUCAAAUCGGGUUCGGUUUUACACUGCGUAAAUUCAGUGCCAACCGAGCCCGACGAACUCGUUCGCAUCAUCUCAAUCCGUCAGUGAAGACACGCAUUCCGAAGCGAUCUAUUCACCAUCGGCUGCGUCCUGACGCGGAUUGUCGAGCCGACUCUAUCCAUCCGCAGCACUUGCUCACCUGUCUCGGAUUAAUUUCACCUAACCCCAUGGGUGUGCUAAUCCCCUUGGCACCGGCCGGAAAUAUGACACAAUAUUUGGUUCAUGUGCGACAGAGUCUAGAUCGUGGUCAGACUGAUUCACGUUGGAGUACCGGCACCCGGACUGCACAUCCCAUGCACCCGAUCACAAUGAUGCUGAUUAUUCAUCAACUUACCUCGGCGCUCGCGCAUUUACACAGCAUGCAUAUAGUACAUCGCGAUGUGAAAUCGGAUAAUUUGUUGGUCUGGGCGAUCCCGGCCCCUUGGACACCUUCACCAUCGGAUACCAGUGUGGAUUUACUCGAUCCACGAGGUGUCUCUGUGGUCCUGACGGACUACGGGGCCAGUCAGCUGCAAUGCCCGACUGAAGGAUGUCGUGGUUAUGUGGGUACACCCGGUUACAUGGCUCCGGAAAUUUUGCGGUAUUUGGGCGAAGAAUCGUACACAGAAAAGGUAAUCACUGUACGUGUGUGUGUGUGUGUGUGUGUGUGUGUGUGUGUGUGUGUGUGUGUGAAUACGGAUACUUACGGCUUCUGCCGUGGCUAUACUAUGUUAGUAUAG